UCACGAGCACAGAAUUUUAUCAGCCAUGGAUGGCCAGACAAACGUGAAGUCCAUCAUGGCAAAGUUCAGCCCUUCUAACAACCCAGCCGAGGAAGUUCACAACCGACAAAUCAAAGUGGCAGGACAGUCUACCCUGGCAACGAAAGCUGCGUUUGAAAAGUUUUCGCAUUUGGAAAAUGCUGGCCCGCCUGCCAGAUCCAGCACCCUUCAGAAGUCUCCAUCUUUCAAACCUCCUUUGGGCAUAAAACCUUCUCUUCAAGGCACACCAGACAAAGAACCGAAGCCACCCCCUCUGAAAAGCAGCUCUGCGGCCAGCAAGUUUGCAGCACGAGCUCAGGAGGCUAGCAGAGAAGUAAAUGAAAGGGCAGCUUUCCCGAAGCCUUUGGGUCCCAAACCUACUGAAAUCCUAAAAGAGGACAGCAAGCCAGGAUUUCCAAAGCUUCCUGACACCAGACUGCCUGGCUCAACUCUGCCCAUGAAAAAUGACCUUAGGCCUCCAGGACCAAAGCCGAACUUUAAAUCGGAACUACAAGAAGCAGAGCCCAAACCUGUGUUCCAAAAGCUAGCAGGAAUUAAAGAAACGUUUAUCGUUGCGUCGCAAGAAAAUGACCCCAAACCUCUUUUUCCAAAGGCCGUUCUGAAGCAAAAACCUUCUUUAGCGCCUCAUCCUGCCAACAGUGACGAGACUGUCAACAAAAAUGUUUCUGUGAAUCAGGCUCCGCCGCCUUACCGAGGUCCCAAACCAAAAUCCCACUCCUUUAAAUUUCCCAAGGAUGCUGAGGAAAAGAACACCAGUGGUGCUGACUCCAGUCCCACACCUGUCCGUUUUCCAGUCACUUUGAAACCUGUCAGCAGCCAGAACAACCUGUCUCAAGGUCUCUCAAAACCUUUUGGACAGCGGAAUGAAGAAAUUCGGCCGAGCGUCACCAAAGAUGUUUUCAGAAGCAAUCAAGGGGACGUGGGAUCACCCCCUGCUCCUGCAAAAAUUGUGCCUUCCAGAGUGGCUACCUCAGGACCUUGGGCCAAUAAUCAUGAGAAAGACGAAAAAGAGAAGAAUUUGCCUGGCCCCAAACGAAAGGCAAUACCUCCCCAGUUCAAAUUGGGCCCAGCCCCAGCCAAGCCUAGCAGGCCUCCAGUGGUGGACCUGGCAAGAUUCCAGAAAAAUCACAAAGAUGGUGCCAAGGAAUCCCACUCAGUGCCUUUACCCCCUCCACAUCCACCAGCCAUUCCCGCCACACAGACAACAUCUCCGCCUCCUCCGCCACCGCCUUCAGCUUCCCACCCGUCAACACAAGCUCCAGUUCUUCCUCCAAGAAACAUAAAACCGAGGUCUGAUGCCAGAAACUCAGAAAAUGAAGAAAACUACGAUGAUGUUGACGUUACCGAUGGUCUUGGAAAUACAGAUGAGAGUUUGAACAGUGAUGGGGAGGUAUAUGAAGAUGUAAAUGAGAGACAUAAUGAAAGAAAAAGUGAGAAGGAAGAAAAGAAAAAGUCUGAUCAAGAGAAGAAAGAACAAAAAGAGAAAGAGAAAAAAGAACAGGAAAUGAGAAAGAAGUUCAAACUUGUGGGUCCCAUUGAAGUCCUUCACCAGUCUAAAGCUUGCACUGAUUUCAAAGGAGGGAAGAAUGAGCUGAGUUUCAAGCAAGGUGACACUGUCGAAAUCAUCCGCAUUACUGACAAUCCGGAGGGCAAAUGGCUGGGAAGAACAAAAGGCUCCUAUGGCUACAUUAAAACCACUAUGGUAGAAAUUGACUACGAUUCUUUGAAAAGAAAGCCACGACCUUCUUUCAAAACGCAGCCAAAGGAGCUAGACAGCGACCAAGAAGUGUAUGAUGAUAUUGGAGACCAAGACAGCGGUGGCAGUGGAGGACAAAGUGCCACAAUAGUGACAGUCUCACCUCCUCCUGACCCUGAUGAAAUUUAUGACGGAAUUGACGAUGAUGAUGUGCUAGCAAGGUCUGUAUCACAGGGUGAAGAAAAGAAUGACUCCUGGCCCCGGGGCCUAUUGAAGAUUAUAAAGGGAAAAGAUUACCAAAAGAAAAGUGUUCGGGAGACAACAACACCUAAAGUCAGUGUGAACGAAGAUAAUGAAGGCCCCCUCAGCUCUCCUUUAGCAAACAAAACUGGAAGGGAUUCUGGAGACAGUGAUGUCUAUGAUGAUGUAGAGCCAUCUGAUUUCCCUCCUCCCCACAAAAUAAUCAGCCAAGGGAUAAAUACAAAACUCCUGAACUUUGGGAAAAACAAACCAGAGGACCGAGAUUCUCAGAAGGCUAAGAAGAUGGAAAAAGAGGAGAAAGAAUUCCGGAAGAAAUUUAAAUUUGAAGGAGACAUUCAAGUCCUGUACACGACAACCAUCAUGCAAGCUAUCCCUCCGAAGAAAAAGGGUUCCAAAGACUUAUUGGUGAAACCAGGAGACUCUGUUGAUGUGAUCAAAAAUGUAGACAAUACUAAAGUCCUGUGUAGGAACGAAGAAGGAAAAUAUGGCUAUGUUCUCAGAAGCUGCUUAGUUGAUGAUGAUGAAGAUAUUUACGAUGAUAUCGCUGAAGACUGCCUCUAUGACAACGAUUAAUGGUGAUUUUCUUCCAACAUGAAUGUCAUCCUUUCUGGAUCUCCAGCAGGUUGAUUCCUGGGGGAAUCUUUACUAAUCCCCAUUUCCAGACUACAAAGCAGGUCUCCCAGGGAAGGCACGAAGAGGUUUCUGGACUCUAUCCUUGCUUUCCUUGAUUGUGCCCUCCGAACCAUUUUCCCAACCAAUCAAUACAGAGUAGGAAACGGAUACAUCACUGUGUAGCCAUCUGGUUUUCCUUUUGCAAACUGUGUCUGUUUACUAAGGGUAUGCUUUCAAAUUUGAAAAGCAAGGUUUUUGUGUAUUUGUAAUAUUGCUGUUGUCAUACCAAGAUCACUGCAUGAGGCAUAAUGCAUGCAAAUACAAAUUUGCCCCAUUUCACCUCUUCAAAUCUGUUCAUUUACUCUUCAGUGGUGUAUCCUAGAUUCUGAAGGAGAUUUUUAGUGUUUUCUUUCUUCUUUUUUUAAAAAAGAAAACUUAAUGUUGAUCAUACAAUGGAUUUUCUUGUACUUUUACCACAGUUAAGGGGAAGCAUUCCUAGAGCCAUUUUGGAAUGAUGUCAUGCAAAACAAGCCAGUCUGGCAUUAGUUCAAAUCGUGCCUCGAUGAUCUUGCCAUGAUUGGAAGGCCCAGAAACGUCCUCUCCUCAUACCCAGAUUUGCAAGCUUCCUGCCAUGUCGCCCACUUCUGCUCCAAACCUAACUAGUAGGGUUGCCAACUCCAGACUACAUAAAUUGCUUCUUUGUUUAUUUUAAAACAAGGCUGCUUUCGAAGGUGGAUGUUGCAACAUUAUACCUUACCAAGGUCCCUCCCUUCUGUAAACCCCACUUUCCCAGGACCUACCCUCAAACCUCCAGGUAUUUUCAAACCUGGAAUUAGUAGCCCUAUUAACCAAUCAUUGUCAGUGCCUAUGAGAAAAAACUGGUCAUAAUGCUCAGGUGUUGUUGGUGCUCCAACCCCAAAUCUUGGACCAGUAGUUCCAGAGCCUUGCUCUGUCUGCCCCACCCCUCAGAGCUAGGAAAGUGUCUGUUCAACCUCCUCUGCAGCCCCAAGAUGGCUAGCAGAGGAAGCAGAGAUGGCCUUCCGCUGCAAGAACAAGCUGCCUGGGAGGUCCAGUCAGAUGUAACCAGGAAGUGUAAAGCUGCUGACUCCAGACUAUGUCAUUUAGCCUUUGUGGCAUGAAAACUGUGCCAAAGACCAUCCUGAUCUCUGGCUGUUUUCAUUUCUUUGCUCUGGACAACUGUAUGAUCCCCAGUUCUCUACCAUGCUAAUGCCUGCCCUUGAACUUCCUUGCCAUGGAGCUGACCUUUGCCCCCCCCCCUCCCCUUGAUAUUAUUUCUUUCCUGUGCCCUAUGGCCCCAGCUUGACUUUGCACUACUAGCUUUUCUAAGCUACUACAUGCCUCAGCAGCUGACAGCCACCUUACUUAAACAGCAGCCACAUUGGGGGACUCAAAAGACUGCUGGGAAAUGUAGUUUCUAGGGUUAGGAGACUUCUACCAAGCUUGAUUCAGGUUGGGACCAGUUUGCCAGCCCCAGUUUGUGUUUCCUCCAAUCCUCUUGUCUGGUGGCACCUGUUGUUGCUACUUCUCUUUCAUUUCCAGGAUAUGGAAAUUUCUCAGAGUUCCUAAAAUGCUUACAUAACAGCAUUCUGGGGAAUGGGGGAGACAAAUAACUUAAUAAUUAUGUCAACUAAUUAUCAAAUGCAAAAGAGAGGUUUUUCUCUGGCUCAAAGUAAAAUCCACUGUAGAAGAACUGGGGGGGGGGGGGAGAGAAUAAUAUUCAAAACAAAUCCUAUGUAAGCAUCACAAGUUGUUGAGAUUUGUAGUGCAACCCAUGGAAUUACGGAUGUUAGUGACAUUGCUGGUAGUUUCCCCGAACAGUUGGGUCUUAGGGCCCCUGAAGAACUACCAUUCCUAGAGAUCCUGAUAUCCAUGAUGCUGCUUUGCAUGCAUACAGAAGAAUAAUCAGAUCCUGAACUAAUAUAAAUUGGAUUUUCUCUAAAUUAAGGACCCAGAAGCAAUAUUUGAAGUGACCUGUUUUCUAUUUAAAAUUUCAGAUGUCCUUGGGAAAGUUAGCAUGUGGCUGUCUUAACUGAAGGAACUUUAAAAUAGAAUAUCUAGGAUUUUCUCCCUGCCUAGAUAUAUUGUAAAGCAUGCAAAACAGUUUUCAUCAUUGCUUUAGAUUGUCCUUGCAUAAAAUCUGUGUGCGUAUUGUUUGGUACUUUGCAGGGAUGAUUCCCAUUCAAUUAAAGUAUAUUUAGCUGAUAACAACAGCUUUCUUGUGGUGACAUUAAUGUUGAAGACUUCCUUUAAAAGCGGUCAAGAAGAAGGUAAUGUGAAGCACCUCUACCUGAGGUCAUGGAGAAUUGCUGCCAGUCUUGAGUUCACAAUACUGACCUUGCUGAACCAAUGGUCUACGUCAAUCUAAGGCGUUUUCAUGUGUUCAUGUGUGUUCAUGACCAGAUUUCUAUUCAUACACAGCUGUAGCUGCUAUACCUGAUACACAUUCAGAACUCGCUUGCAAGUAUAAUAGUUCUCUGUCUAGUAGUAUGUGCAUAGAAGACCCUGAUGGGAUCAAGGAAUGUGUGACACAUAACUGAGAAAAUUGUUUUGCAGAAUUUAAAUAAUGGUAUAAUGGCAAUCAAUUGAUAAAAGUUUAUUUUCAAUUGUCUUGUUUUUAAUUAAACAAUCAUGAAUGUAAUGUAUAUAUUGUAAAAGAAGCUUUUCAUUUCAUACACUGUAUUCUGAGAUAUUAGUUCUAACCUAUAAUAAGCACAUUGUUAUGCAACAGUUUUUAGGAAUUCUGCGUUUUUAUUCUAAAUAGAUUUUUCCCUCAAGUGUGUUAUGAUCUGGGAAACAUUAAAGA